CGCAGCGGUGGAGCGGGUAGACCGGAGUUCAACACGCCACAACCAUGACCCUGUUUGGAGUCCAAGUUCGGUUCUUACUACUGCUGAAGUCUACAGCCUGAUACGGAUAAGAACGGAUAUAGUCGCUGUUAAGUUGCCAUAAAAAAAAAGCUUUAAAGUGAGUUUUUGUUGCAAGCGUUCUUUGGACACGCUUCGUGAGUGGGACCGUGGAGGCUAUAAUGACAUCUUAAACYAUAAUUAAACUGCAGGGAUGUUAGGAAAAUGACGAGAACAAUACAACGGAGAGGAAUAAUUUCUAAGCCGACAGGUAUGGCUUGAUUUUUUUUUUCACCCAGAAGGAGCGGUGGGACAAAACUGUCGGGAGGCACUCAUGUUUCUGUGGAAGAGAAGGAAAGUUUGCUGCGCGUUCGGAUCAAACGAGUCUGUUUCCUGAGACUUUCUGCCCUGAACUCUUUCUUCUGAUACAGAGCCCGCACAGUUCGGUGUCGGCGAACCGAACUCCUCACAACAAUGUCCAAAGCUGUGCAAAAGAAGACCCACUGGACCUCCAGAGUGAACGAGUGCGCCGUGAGUAAGGACACCCGCGGGGACCUGAACGUGUCUCUGCGCGGCGGCGCUGAGCACGGAGAGUUCGCUUAUAUCGGACAAAUUAACGAGAGGCUGGUGUCGUACCAAUAUGGACAAUUAGGGGAAGGGGACCUCCUGCUCGAGGUGGAGACCCUGUCGAUUUCAGGAUUACCUCUGUACGACGUGGAGACGGUGAUAAAGAACUGCAAAAGUCCAGUGAGGUUGAAAACUGUGAGGCCAGGAACUAAGCUAAAUAAGGACCUGAAGCUGUAUCUAACCCAGCGCUUCCAGAAGUCGUCAGCUGACCACGAGCUGCAACAGACCAUUCGAGAAAACCUGUACCGUCACGCAGUGCCUUGUACAACCCGCACCCCACGUGAAGGAGAAGUCUCCGGCGUGGACUACAACUUCCUCUCUGUAGAGGAGUUCCUGGAGUUGGAGAAAAGUGGAACCCUGCUAGAAAUAGGAACAUAUGAAGGUAACUAUUAUGGGACUCCCAAGCCACCGCUGCAGCCCCCCAUUGGGAAAGUGAUCAGCAGUGGUGGUGAUGCCCUACUGCCAGACGGGCUCAGCCGCAGCCUGCCGGGCUCUCAGCACUCCACUCCUCAACGCGCCAAGUCCUACAAUGACAUGCAAAAUGCUGGAAUAGGGCUUGGAGAGCAGCAACAGGAGGACGACGAGGACCUCCCUGACAUGAACAGUAGCUUUACAGGAGACUCCAGUGAAUUAGACGAAGUCCAUCAGCCGGUGCGCCCCUACGCCCCUCGCCAGAGUGACUUGUCCUACGCCAGGACAACCCCCUCACCAUCGGCCACCACGGAGAGCACACAGCAGUCACACUCUCUCCUGAGCCAUCCUCCCCCCGAGGACCCGCUGGGACCUCUGCCUGACAACUGGGAGAUGGCCUACACCGAGAACGGAGAGGUCUACUUUAUAGACCACAAUACAAAGACCACCUCCUGGUUAGACCCUCGAAGUCUGGACAAACCUCAGAAACCCCUGGAAGAAAGUGAAGAUGAUGAAGGGGUACAUACGGAGGAGCUGGAUAAUGACUUAGAGCUUCCACCAGGGUGGGAGAAAAUUGACGAUCCAGUGUAUGGGGUCUACUAUGUUGAUCAUAUCAACAGGAAGACCCAGUAUGAGAACCCAGUGCUGGAGGCUAAGAAGCGCAGGCAGCUGGAACAGCAGCUGCCCCAGCAGCCUCAGCCCCAAAGCCAGCAGCCACCUGAAGGUGAGCGCUACAUCCGAGAGUGGAUCGAGGACUCUGCAUUGGCAGGGGCUCCAUUGGCCAGCUAUGCUGCCAACCACGAGACCUACAGGGACCCCCAAACAGGUCCCACUGUGCCCAGUGCGAUGGGACAAAAACGAGGGAAGCCUUUUUUCACAAGGAACCGAUCAGAACURAACGGGACCUUCAUUAAUACCAAACUCAAGAAGAGCCGUAGAGGGUUUGGUUUUACAGUUGUUGGAGGGGAUGAACCAGAUGAGUUCCUGCAGAUAAAGAGCUUAGUUCUUGAUGGACCUGCUGCCCUUGAUGGCAAAAUGGAGACAGGUGACGUGAUUGUGAGUGUCAAUGACACCUGCGUACUAGGCUACACACAUGCCCAAGUUGUAAAGAUCUUUCAGUCAAUCCCAAUCGGUUCCAUGGUCAACUUGGAACUGUGCCGAGGCUACCCACUGCCUUUUGACCCCGAUGACCCGAACACCAGCCUGGUUACCUCAGUGGCUAUUCUUGACAACAAAGAGCCCAUCAUCGUCAAUGGCCAGGAAGUCUCUAACAGCUAUGACUCGCCAUCUAGCCAAGGCAGUCAGAGCACCAACAACGGUCCAACCAACGGCGGAGGGCCACCUCUCAACGGCCUCCCGCAGCCUCUCAGCCCGUCCGUGGAGACGGCCUCCGACACCUCCUCCCAGCUCGGCUACUCCAGUGACGUCGUAACCUUAGCUUCGGCCAUUGCGACACAGCCUGAACUCAUUACCGUACACAUGGAGAAAGGAGACAAGGGCUUUGGCUUUACCAUUGCGGACAGUCCCGGUGGCGGAGGGCAGAGAGUGAAGCAGAUUGUGGACUACCCACGCUGCCGCGGCCUCAGGGAGGGGGACAUCAUCGUCGAGGUGAACAAAAGAAACGUGCAGAGCAUGUCUCACAACCAGGUGGUGGACCUGCUCAGCAAGUGUCCAAAAGGCAGUGAGGUCACCAUGCUGGUGCAGAGAGGAGUGGCACCUGCAAAGAAGAGCCCAAAACUGGACAWUUAUGAGCUGGCUCCUCCGUACAGAGAUUACACUAGGCUGCAAUUGUCAAGAAAGGACAGUCAGAACAGUUCCCAGCAUAGCGUUUCCAGCCACCGGAGCGCUCACACGGAGUCGCCCAGUCACUCCUCCCUGGGACCCCCGCUCAGUGAGACCGGCGCUCCCCCGCCCCCUUCGCAGCCCUUACCCGGCCUCCMAUCCCAGGACUCUCAAGGAGACGGGACCAUCCACAGAAAACCGGACCCCUUUAAGAUUUGGGCCCAGUCCAGGAGCAUGUAUGAAAGUAGGCUUCCAGACUUCCAGGAGAAGGACAUUUUCCUAUGGAGGAAGGAUACAGGGUUUGGCUUUAGGAUCCUUGGAGGCAAUGAGCCGGGAGAACCUAUCUACAUUGGCCACAUCGUGAAGUACGGCGCUGCAGACGAGGACGGCCGCCUGCGGUCCGGCGACGAGCUCAUAUGUGUGGACGGCACAGCGGUGGUGGGCAAGUCCCAUCAGCUGGUGGUGCAACUGAUGCAGCAGGCUGCCAAACAGGGCCACGUGAAUCUCACCGUGCAACGCAAAACCAACUACGCAGUAAAAGCAGAGGGGGAUGUGCCUCCAUCACCAGCGUCCUCACACCACAGCAGCACUCAGGCGCCCAGCCUGACAGAGGAUAUGGGGAGGCGCACCCUGCAGGGCAGUCAGAAUUCCCUCAACACCGUCAGCUCCGGCAGCGGCUCCACCUCUGGCAUCGGCAGCGGUGGAGGGGGCGCCGGGGCGGCGGUCAGCGGGAACUCUGUGGUCGCCGCCACGGCUGCCGCCACGGCCUCCUCGCAGCCCCCAGUCCCCAACUCCAGCGGCGUCCCCUCCGCGGUGCAGCCCUACGACGUCGAGAUCCGACGGGGCGAGAGCGAAGGGUUCGGCUUCGUCAUCGUCUCGUCUGUGUCGCGUCCCGAAGCGGGCACCACCUUCGCUGGAAAUGCAUGUGUGGCCAUGCCUCACAAAAUAGGGCGCAUCAUCGAAGGGAGCCCGGCGGACCGCUGCGGGAAGCUGAAGGUCGGCGACCGCAUCCUGGCUGUGAACGGAUGCUCCAUCACCAACAAAUCCCACUCUGACAUCGUCAACCUCAUCAAGGAGGCAGGGAACACCGUCACGCUGCGCAUCAUUCCUGGAGACGAGUCAUCAAAUGCAUCUUUACUGACAAAUGCAGAGAAGAUCGCAACUAUCACCACUACUCACACAGCUCAGCAACAGGCUGCACCUGAGGCCAGGACCAACACCAAACCAAAACAGGAAUCUUAUGAGUUCAAAGCACCCCCAGCUCCCCCUGCCCAACCCUCCACCCAGACAGACUCAGCUCAGGAUUCUGAGUUCUACUCGGUGGACCUGGAGCGGGACAACAAAGGUUUUGGCUUCAGCCUGCGGGGAGGCAGAGAGUACAACAUGGACCUGUACGUGCUACGGCUGGCCGAGGAGGGAGCAGCUGUGCGCAACGGAAACAUGAGGGUCGGCGACGAAAUCUUGAAGAUAAACGGUGAGAGCACCCAGGGCAUGAAGCACGCGCGAGCCAUCGAGCUCAUCAAGAACGGAGGCCGACGUGUCCAUCUGCUGCUCAAGAGGGGCGAUGGCUCCGUGCCUGAAUAUGGUGGGUCAAUCUACGAAAACAUUCCCUUCUCACCCAUCUUCACACCCUGAGCCGGGGCUCGGCCAGUGAAUGGUGGCGGUUUGAAGGGGGGAAAGAACUGAAUCACUCCCGGGACCCCUCACCCCUCCUCUGGCAUAAACGCACCAGGGAAGGGGUCACUUGGCUUUAGGUCUUUUAUGUGGUGAAGGUCUUUCCUGUGCUUUUUCUGGACUCUGGUGGAGGGGGAGGACAAGCUUGGAAGUGUCACCUGCUCUCAGUUUCCAUGUCAUCCCGCUGUCACUUUUCACCUUCUGGCCUCUGAGCAAAAGCACUCUGCUGGGACUUUACAGAACGGUGGUGGGCCUAAUUUCAGUGUUACUUAAAAAAAAUGUGUUUACAGGGUUUGAAUGACCAGAGCAGGAAACAAAUCAAUGUUUCUUUUGAUAAGAACUUUAAGCUUAAACACCAAUUCAGCAUUAAGAGGAGAAACUUGAUCCAUGGCAUCCCAUUCAAAACGUGGGACACCUCUCAGCCAUAUUGUGACACAAACAUAUUUAUGCUAUUUAUUGAAGGUGAAUGUAAGCUACUGAACUCCUAAAGGUUUAAGUGAGAACUGUGCUGAAGAAAAGGCAGUGAACUGUGCUUUUCCCCAUUUUUUUAUUCCAAAUCUCACUAUACUGUAUUUGACAUUGCUCACUCAUUCACGGAUUUCUUUUUUCCUGUUUCUGCUCUCAUUUUCAAUGUCAUUGAAAUGUCGUAAAGGUAAAAAAAAAAACGUCACCACAACCCUUUCAACAACAACAACAACAAAAAAAAUCAACUAAAGAGUUGUUACGGUUAUAUAAAUGUUUUUGUACAGUGAUGAAAUGAAUAGAGGCAUUUUUACAAAUAUUUUUCUUUGGUGUACAGAGCCAUGAAUCAAAGCCACAUAUUAAUGGAUAAAAGUUUAUUGCUGCAUGAACUUGUCAAGAGUGUAAAUCUGAACUUUUCCCCCCUUCGUAUUGUCUAUUUUCCAUAAUAUUUAUGGAACUUUUUUUUUUUAUUGUACUCAAUGGUUUGGAUCGAUAGUCAGGAGGAGUCUUGCUGAUUUACUUUGUCUGGCCUUUUUAUUUUUUUAUUUUUUUGAGUGGAGAGUUGCCUGUGUUCAGUUUCUUUGCGCUAAGAAUGUGCCGUCUGAUCUGCACCGAUAUGACAUCAUGUGAACUUUGUAUAUUUUGGAUCAUUGUUUGAUUUUUUUUUUUAGUUGAUGCAAGUGCUUUGUUAGUCUUGCUGGUCUUUUUUAUUUUAUUUUUUUAGUUGUUUUUUUUUUUAGUUUGUUUUUUCUGCUGCUUUCUUUGUCCACAU